AUGCUUUCAGACGAACGACCGAGUGGCCCCAGCGUUGAGAAUAUGAAUUUCGAAAACGAAUGCUGUCACUUGAAAAUCAACAGGUUCCUCUUAUCGUGUUUCGGACUGUGGCCCUACCAUUCAAUUUACUUCAAGUGUUGCUGCAUUCUACUAUUUUUAACGUGGAUCGUCUCGUCUAUUACAGCCAUGAUUCAAGGACUGGGUGACAAAACGAGUACAGACAUCGGGAUCAUAUUCGAGACGGCGGUGUCCAUUUUAACGAUGAUGGGCAGUUUGGCACAGCACAGGGUCUUGAUAUUCAAUUCCGCGGAGGUGAGAAGCCUCUACGAGCGCAUGGAAAGGGAUUGGAAGGCUGCCGACUUCGAGGAAAGGAUGAUCAUGAAGGAAUUCUGGCGGCAGGGCCGGAAGCUGAGUUACAUCUUCGCGGUCCUCGGUUUGGUGUGCUUCGCCGGGCAAAUCAGCUUGACCUAUUUGCCAUUGGUCUUCGCCGAGGACGUCGAGAAGAACUACUCGAAAAUCUUCCCCUACUACUCGCACCGUUGGAUCAUCAGCGACGACCAUCGUAAUCUGCAGGUGUUCGUUCACGGCUCUCUCGGCUAUUUCUACGCCGGGUUCUCGUACACGGUCGUAUGCUGUCUUUACAUGUCCAACACCAAGCACAUCUGCGCCAUGUACGAGAUCGUUUGCGCGUUCAGCUUCAGACUGGGAAACUUAGUGCGGGACGGGCGGCUGGCGACAGCGUCGCGCAAGGAGGAGAAGGAAAGGAUCGUGUCGGAGACGUUGACCAUCAUCGGCAAGCACAGAGAGGCCAUAGAGAGCGUCCGCAUAAUCAACCGAAUUUUCAGCCUCUUCUACUUCUUCGUGCAAAUCGGCUUUCUGGCGGCACUGGCGAUGCUGAUUUUCGACGUAAGAUCCUCGAAACUCACUUGGUCGCCGCGUCGCAUAGCCGUCACAACAGGGAUACACAUUGCCUACGAGUUUUUCUUGAACUACGCCGGCGAGCAGGUCAUCGAGUACUCGAGCAAAGUUUUGACUAGCACGCACUUUAUGCAGUGGUACCUGUUGCCGAGAGACGCCAAAAAGCUACUGCUGAUGAUCUCGCAACGCGGCCUCAAGGUCGACACUUUGGACGCGGGCAUCAUGACGUGCACUCUGGAGAAUUUCACUCAAAUCAUCAAGGCCUCUUGGUCAUUGGCUUGCGUGUUACUGUCCACGCAGAAGGAAUGUUAA